UUUGCAUCCCCCUCUCUGGGUGGCUGUUGGUGGGGGCCGGCAGCUGUCUCAGUCCGACUCUGGCUGGGGAAGAAGAGAUCCCUGACCUGUCAUUUCAUUGACAGCCGGGCUGUUCCAGAUCUUUCCCAGAAGUUGAACGAAGAAGCUCCUGUUGCUGUUUCUUCCCUUCGAAGUCAAGUGGUUUCCGUGGUAAUGGACUGCCUCUCUCAGAGUUUCUACCCAGGUGAGACUCUCCAGAUCUAAGUCUGCAAACCCAGCUAGGAAGAAUCACCAUUGUAAAAAUGACUGAAGAGCCCAUAAAAGAGAUCCUGGGAGCCCCAAAGGCACGCAUGCCAGUGAUGCCAGAGAAGAAUCCCAAGAGCGAACCUGUGGUCCCCACAGUGCCCCUGGUCAGCGAGAUUCAGCUGAUGGCCGCGACAGGGGGCGCGGAGCUCUCCUGCUACCGCUGCAUCAUCCCCUUCGCCGUGGUCGUCUUCAUCGCCGGCGUCGUGGUCACCGCGGUGGCCUACAGCUUCAAUUCCCACGGCUCCAUCAUCUCCAUCUUUGGCCUGGUGGUUCUGUCUUCUGGACUUUUUUUAUUAGCCUCCAGCGCCCUGUGCUGGAAGGUGAGACAAAGGAGCAAGAAGGCCAAGAGACGGGAGAGUCAGACAGCUCUCGUGGCAAAUCAGAGAAGCUUGUUUGCUUAAGACUGAAUGAGACCCAGUGGGCUAUGUGGGCCCAAACACCUGCUCUAACUUUGUCAGCCCUGGCACCCAGAACCAUCAAGGGAGACAGCUGACUUGGUGUCGGAGCAGACGAGAAGAACCGGGGGUGGGGAGGGGGUGGAGGGGUUUCUCCUUUGAGAGAAAUGACUCGCGUCUUCUUUAAUGACAAACUUAACCCUAAGGGCUAUUUCUAAGACUGAAAAACCAGCUUUCUCUUUACGUUAAACAUUUUGGGGGGGUCAUAGGAGGUGCACAGCAUUAGGCAGCAAUUGGUUCACCCUGGAAAGUAGCGGAGAAAAGAUGAGAAAAAUAACAGGCUAGUGCUGACACACCAGACAACUGCCUCCAAAAGAAAUAACCCCUACUCUUAAGAAGUUGUAUCAUAAAAAGCUUUCUGCCAAGGGUCUAAAUUUCUUUGGACUUUGCAUACUCCUAUGAAAUUCUGUGAUAAUUUUUUUUUUCCAAUAAGUUGAUUUUUCUGGCAUCUGUUUUUAUUUUUCACUUUCAGUAACUCAUCACUGGUGGUACUUUAUCUUGAAGAAUAAACUAAUAUUUUUUAUGUUUUAACAUUAGACCGUUUUAGGUGUUUGUAAUGAUGUAUCAGAAGGGAAAAAAGUCAAAGUUAUAGCUAAUAGAUGAUGUUGAGGGCUAAAUUAAUAUUAAAAUAAUCCAGUAUAGCAAGCACUUUUGAUGGUUUUUAUAUAAAAGGUAAAUGUACAUUUAAUUCAAAAUAAUAAAUACUCAUUGCUGCUGAAACUUCUUAAA